UACUUAUGGGAGAUGCCAGCUUGUCUUUUCUAAGCUUGGUUCAUCUUAUCAUGGUCACAUGGCAGGUUCGUCUUUAGGAUAGGUCAAUAAGAGCACCUGCAUUUCGUUGUUCUUGCUGCAGUUCUGUUGCACGUUACUCGGGAUGAUUUGCCUUCUUGUGCUGACUUUCGCUUACGGUGCUCUAAGCGCUACCGCCCCAACAUAUGCACCGAAUUUGGCGACAGGUCUCAAGGAAGCCUUCGACAGCAUCGAUGCCGAUGGAAAUGACAUUCUGGAUGUGUCAGAGUUUAGGAAGAUUUUUGCCGAUUAUGAUCUCAACCAGGAUGGCAGGAUGGAAUUGGCCGAGUACAUGAGUACUAAUAAUGUGACGAAAGCCUUUGCUGAAAAGGUUUUCCAGCCUUUCGACACCGACCACGACGAUGACCUCCAGGGGGCUGAAUUAAACAACGUCAUCCCCGUGUUGGACACCAACGGUGAUGGCGAGGUCAGCCGAGCGGAAUUCGUCACCGAGUACACGAAGAUCUUCGCCGCGCAACAAACCGGUCCUCCUGUUGGUAAAUAAACACAUUAGCAACA